CGUGCUUGUCGCAAUUACGCGAAUCGCGCGCUGAUAGCAACAUGCGCGGGAUCUCGCGGUGUCCUCAUCCGCCGAGCGACGCAUCUUUCCUUUUCUUUCCGGAAAUACCAGUUUUGAUUAGCAUCGACUGCGGUUACGUGGAAUCGUUCGCGCGUCGAAAGGUCGGCUGAACCGAGCCGGACGGUCGCAUUGCGUGAACGAGCGUGUAGUACGGACAUUGGAAAAAAAAUAACCGGAAAAUUAUAAAAAAGUAAAUAUAUCGUAAGAGAUAAAACGCGUGCAAAAAUUUCUGACGAUUGAAAAAGAGAAAUAAAAGUGAAGAACGCACGCAGCCUCGAUGUCGAUAUCUGAAAUCGUUUAUCGACAGACCUUCCGACGAUUCGUGGAAGUAAUGAAAUAGACACGGAAAUAAUUUUCAAGAGCAAUUUUGAUAACAAUAUAUCGCGAUAUGGCAUGUGACACAAAUGUUAAGUAACAGAUGAUUGUUACGUUAUCGUUGCGAAUGUUUGACGCGAUGUUUUUCACAGAGGGACAGAUUUGUCAUUUCAUCGAAACGAUGAAGUUGACAAGCCCGUAAAAUUUGAGAAAAAAAGAAGAAACGGUACCGAAUCGCGAGAUUAUCAAAGAACGCUGGAUCCACGUGGCGACAGCAUGUCGGCGCUUUAAUUUUCUUCGUCCUUCAUGGGCGAGUACCAUGUUCCUUUAACCGACGACGUUCGCAUUAUCCGGAAAGCUAAGGGAAACGAAUUAUCAUGGCGUUCUACGACGUGGGAACGGCCGACCUCAAAGAAUUGUGGGAGUUGACCUAUCUCUCCGAGCCGAUGCUCAAUCAGGACAUCUUAAUGUGCACCAGAGAAGAGGAAUGGGGCAACGCUUUGCUGAGAAAUAACGUAAUACUGAGAGACCGCCUAAUGACGGACGCAGCUCUCGGUGGACCUCGACCUCCGAUAAAAUACGAGCACAGUUACAGCCUUUCGGCAUCCAGUCCCCCUCCGAGUCCUGCAACACCCGGAGCAAAUCCCCAUACGCCCAAUUCAGGUUCCGGCGCGGUCGGUUUCGCUACAGCGACUACUAGUUCCUCCAUCGAUUUCGCCAAUCUGGAUCACAGGUCUCUCGACAUCCGCGAUAGGAUCGAUGAUAUGGAAGAAGAAUGUUUUCCAGCUAUUUCCAUAAGCAGCACUUCGAACCGCGUCGAAUCGUCGCCAUCGUCGUCCCUGACAUCGUCAUCUACCUCGAGCGUAAUCCUCAAGAGAAACAAUACAGUACCUGAAGAUAACGAGUGUCCUGAAAUCAAGGACGAACCUAUCAGCGCGCCGGCGAGUCCCAGUGCGCCUUGUCAGCCGAAUUGCGAUAUAGUGGACGAUAAAAGCACAAUAACUCUACUGUCGCCGCAGAGUCUUCACUUCACCAAAACCCCUCGCACACAUACGAGUGACAGCGAGGAGGAUGAUGAGGAGUGCUAUCAGAAUCUGGAUGUUGAGGCGUACGGCAUAGCCUGCGAAGGGAAGGAAGCCUUGCACGCGUCGAGACAAGGAUUACCGCCGACGCCUCCCAGUAGCGCAAGCUCCGAUAGCGAGGGUACUGCUUCCGCUUCCUGCUCGCCGGAACGUCGAGAUUCCCAGACUUGUACGCAGAAUCUCAGGGGCUUGCUGACACCGCGGCUUUACGUCACCAACGGCACUCACACCACCAGACAGCCCAUUCAUACGCCUCUAAUUUCCUGUCAACCGAAAGGAUCUACGGGCGUGUUAACAUUGACAGAGGAAGAGAAGAGAACCUUGAGGGCUGAAGGAUAUCCUGUGCCUACGAAGCUUCCUCUGACGAAACAAGAGGACAAAGCUUUGAAGAAAAUACGAAGAAAAAUCAAGAACAAGGUAUCGGCGCAGGAAUCGCGAAGGAAGAAGAAAGAAUACAUGGAUGGUUUAGAGAGGCGGGUCACCAUGUUGACGAACGAAAACUCUUCGUAUAGGGACAGGCUAAAUUCUCUAGAAGAUACGAAUCGCGAGCUACUGAAGGAGUUGCAACGUCUUCAGGCCUUGUUGCAAUUACAACAAUCUUAGACUUAUUUGUUUCUAUUUUGAAUAGCCUAAAUUUAUUUGAUAUCGUCAAAUUUUUACUUUUAAAGAAGAGAUUUAUUUUACUUACUCUCCCAAAAGAAACGAAUGCUCGAUCCAACAAAAAUUACAACAUUUGCGAGAUAAAUAUGUCAAUAAAUAUGACUACGCAUUCUAUUGUUACAGAGAUUGAAAAUUCUUAAGUCUCGAAAAAGAUUAAAAAUUUUCAAAUCUUUUAUCGAUGCUAAUAUAGAUUUAUCUCUACUCGUCAAAUUGUUCUUCCAUAUAGAAACUUUAAUCCUCAUAAUUGUUACGAGAUGAAAAUAGCGUAUUUUUAUGGCUAAGUCACACAGAUCAGAAUUAAAAAGAGAUAUAUUUUUAGGGAUUAGUGCAAUUUCUUUACAUUCCUAGAAUGUCUUCCUGGCAUACAAAACGCGACAAAGAAGUAUCUUACAGCGUAAUGAAGUUAUACGAAAGACAGCCCGAAUGCUGUAAACUGCUUCAAUGCUUUCAAUGAAGAUUUUUUACGCCAAUAUAGUAUGUAAAGUCAUUAUGCCUUUUGCUGAAUCUACGUAUUUUUGCCAGGAGUGCCUUCGCAAGUUUAUUUUCAUAUUUCUUCCAAUAUUACAAAUUGGAGAUUUAAAUUGCUAAUUUAUUUCUCGCAAUUAUACAUUCAGCAUGAGCUUUUUAAUUUCAAUAAGACGAAAAUAUUUUGAGAAUAUAGGAUUUGAAUGUUCGAUUCAUCAUACUUGCGUAAUGCGGAAAAACAAUUGCCUGCUAUUGCCAAACUCGAUGCAACGAGAAAUUUAAAAAGAGACGCCUAGAUGUAAACAGCCUUUCGAUUAUUCCAUAUAUUUAUGCUCCAAAAACGAUGACGAUAUUUUAAACCGUAUAAGAUCCAAAGGAAUGUUCUUGAGGUCCAUAUUAGCAUAUAUGUCGAUAUAAUACAGUCCACUUUGACACGAUUUUGUCAAGGGAUUCGCCUAAAUAAGAUAAAAUAUAAUAUAUGACAUAUUUUAUAGGUGAGAGACAAGAGAACGAAAGUACGAUUAUUAAAUAGAAAGGUAUGAAAGUAGAUUUGAUGUCGCCAAUCGACGAAGUUAUUGUAUUUAUAUGUUUUAUGAAAAGAUAUUUAGCUGUGUGCAUAAUAAGAUCAUCAUGCAGAUCGACUUGGAGGAAACACUCGCAUCAAAUCGACGAUGUGUUUUUUUCUGGGACAUUGUCACUGACGUCGUUAAAACGGAUGUCAGAGAAUAAAGCUCUAAGAUUAUACAACAACGACAAUUCAUGUUGCGUUAAUUAGAAACGCGCGGUAGGAACAUUUGUAAAAUAUAAAUUUUGUAGAAUAUAUUUUGCUCAUCCACACGAAGAAUCGUCCAAGAUGCACUGUUGAGUUUGUAAACCAAUGAAAAUCGAUUAUUUGGCAAGCGGCAAGUUCUUGUCUUCGUUACAGAUAGAUGUGAUCACGCUCGAGAAAAUUGUACAAAAUGUCAGAUUUAUGAUCUUUUCAAUCUUAAAGCGGUAUUUGUUAUGUAAGAGAAACUUUGACCGAGCUGACUAACAUUAAACAGUUGCCACACCGAAAAAAAUUGGUUGAAUUAAAAUAUGGAUAUAACAACCUGACAGUUUGGUGAAAUAUAAACGAUUCAUAAUUUUCAUUAAAAUUUUCAGAGAAAUUUAAUUGCAGGCAUUUUAAUUCCGACUACAUUGAAAAAAAUCUGGUUGCAUUAAUUGGAAAUCUAAUAAAUUCAAGCAGUUUGUUCGAAACGAAUCAGAAUUCUUGUAGGAAUUAUCUAAUUUUGAAAUUAAUUUUUGUUUCCAAAUUUUGUGGAGUUAAAGUUUACUUGAAAAAUUGCACAGGAUCAAUUUUCACUCUAAAAAAGUGAAUUUUUACUGUUUAAAGUGACAUUAUGCGAAAAAUUACACAGGCUCAAUUUUCACUCUUUUAGAGUGACGUUUCACUCUACGAGAUUUAGAAAGUACGGAACUAAAAACUGUACUGUCAAAAUACAUCUUUCAUUUAUUUCA